CGCAGCUAAGCGAGCUGCCCCUUCUGAGCAGUGUGUCGACAUCAUCCUUGCUUUGUCACCGACUGCCAUGUCCCACGACGAAGGCAGCACGCAGUUUGGCUACGAGGAUCCCUUUACUCCAGCCCGGACCAAGAAGAAACGCAAGAAUAGGCCACCAGUCGCUCCCCCUCCCCCCGACGUCCUCCUGAACAGAGCAUCGGAGGAACUGGCGGAAGGCGAUUGGCUGCGCGAGACACAGCAGAGCCUGCGCGACUCGCUCGAAGAGGCGUUCGCAGCGUCGGACGCCGCCCCGGACGUGCUGUGCCUCGGACUGGGCAGCCCUGCGUCGUCGCGUGAUGCAUGCGCGCAGCUUGCGUUCCUCCUUGCGGCGUGCGACGAUCUGAGCAUAGACCACACCAAAGUGUCCGUGUACGACCCCGUCUUUGCGGAACAGGACCUGCGCCUUCUGACGCUCCUCGGCCUCACUGCCCUCCCCGAGAACCGACAAGCGAGCUAUGGCCUCCGAUCGCCCACGAUCGUCUUCAUGCCGCAUUGCGACCUGCACCUGUACGAGAACCUCCUACGCGAGAACUGGACGCGCGCGCGCCUGCCGCACGUCCUCCUUAUCGCCAACCGCCUGCGUGAGUACGCCGAGAGCAUCCCGUCAAGGAAGCUCGCAUCAGAGCACCCGUGCGUCGCGCGCCUCACCCCCUUCCUGACGAGCCGCCCGCUGGCGCCCUGCGCGCAGUUCCCGACCGCAUUCAACAACACCGCGAUACAGUACGUGCGCGCGGACGCGCUCGCGGACCGACCUGCCGAUUGGUGGACGCUCCCCGGCGGCGCGCCCGCGACGGACGAUGUUGCGGGAACUCCGCCUGCCCCGGACGCCCGCGACAUAUCGGUUCAAAGACAGACACAAGAGGCGCCUACGUCUGAAUCCGUGGGGCCCCCGGAUGCACGCCCAAACGCCGCCGCCGGGGAGCAGGACGCAGACGCAGACGCAAACACGCGUGCAAAUGGGGACGCGACUAGUGCCACUCCGCCGUCUCCGCCGCGAAGCUCAAGCGACGACGCGUCAACGUCACCGUGCAGGACAGGAUCACCGGGCGCGGGGAGCGGGCGCGGGCUGGAGAAUGGAGAGCAACCGCCGCCGCCGCCCAAGGAGCUCGAGGCACAAGCUCGAGAUGGGACGACCGCCGCAUGCGCUGGAUCUGAGCCCGGGGCGCGGGUGCGCCUCGAGGCCCGCGAGCUCUGAUCUCCGUCCCGAGCUGCGCCCGACGUCGCACGUUCGGGCAGGGCGAGACGCGUCGCGGGCUGCUGCAGCUUGUCGCCUCAGGCUGCGGGCUGGCUCUCGGCCCCGCGCAUGAUGCUGCGUCCGACGGCGCGGACGGGGGCCCAGGCUGCCUGACUCGGCGGGGGAAGGGAGGACAAACUGAGACUGGGGCUAGGGGAUUGCUGUAUCCGUACCGCGUUCGCCGCGCCUGUAUGCACAAAUCGGUGUAUGAGUAUCACCUUGUCG